CUUAGUGGGGGAAAAAACUCUUACUCGGUUACCCUGCAUUCUAAUUCUGUGACUUCAUCAUGAAUAGCUACGAGAAGAAAAGAAUUUUCCGUAUUAGCACAGUGCAUGCAGCUAGCAGAAUGGCAUCAAAAAUGAUUGACACUUAUCAACCUUACAUGGAAUUUUCACCCGGCCCUCUGUCUCAUCUAUCAACACUAAGGAUUAAACAUCCUUCAAUUCAUGUGGCUCGUGCACUUUUGCAGUUCUGUUUGCCACACUUCCUGACUUGGAUGAUAGCAGGACAUGGGUUCCACAUAAAGAGGAAAAGAAGUGCAUGAACAAAUACAACAAACUUAGAGCAGUUUCAUUAGUGAUCACAACACCUUAAUUUUGUGCAAAAUAUGUUAUUCAAUGGUGAUGUCCAGAGAUGAUGGAGAAGACUUGAACAAGAAGUCAUGGAGACUAUCACAAACUGCAGACCAUAUAACAGUAUUCUGCAGAAUUUUUCAUAUGGCUAGGCUAACGUUUAUGUUGUUGAAACAAAUAUGAUACCUAUAUGCAGAAUGGGGGGAAGUGUGGGAAAAUGAUUAGAUGGGUUAAUUUCUGAUAAACGCCAAACUCUCCAAUGCUAGAUUCCUUAAGACCCAGAAGUUACAUGUACUUUAAUCUCUAUGAUUUGUAUUUUCACUAUUUUGUAGAUUGGACAUUUCCAAUGGGACCAUCGCAUUAGCAAGAGACAUGAAUUCUGCA